CUGUGAAACGGUUUAAACUUAAAAUAUAACCUUGCCACAUUUAUAUGAGACAGUUACGCAGAAUUAAAAUCCAGUAAAACGUAACAUAAUUUAUUAAAAUAACACCCUCAUGCCCGUCGACGAAACAUGAGUUUCCUCCCAAUUCGUAUGCGUAAGUGUUGCGCUGAAGACCCGCAUGAAGAGAGGCCAUCAGCUGUUUCAUCUCCAAACAUUAUCAUCAUGCUUAUGGAUGACAUGGGUUGGGGGGACUUGGGGGUGUUUGGCCAGCCCUCUAUGGAGACCCCCAACCUGGAUGCCAUGGCUGCUGAGGGCAUGCUGUUUCCAGACUUCUACACUGCGAACCCGCUCUGUUCCCCAUCCAGAGCCGCACUUCUCACCGGGAGGCUGCCAGUCCGAAACGGUUUCUACACCACUAAUGGCCACGCCAGAAAUGCAUACACUCCGCAGGAGAUAGUGGGAGGAAUCUCCAAGGAUGAGAUCUUGUUACCCCAGAUGCUGAAGAAAAAAGGCUAUGUCAGCAAGAUAGUUGGCAAGUGGCAUCUUGGCCACAGACCACAGUACCUUCCUCUGAAGAAUGGCUUUGAUGAAUGGUUUGGUGCCCCAGACUGCCACUUUGGCCCCUACAACACCAGCAUCAGACCCAACAUCCCUGUCUACAAAAACUCUGAGAUGGUUGGCAGAUACUAUGAGGAGUUUCAGAUUGACAAGAAGACCGGAGAGUCCAACCUCACACAGAUUUACUUGCAGGAAGGUCUUGACUUCAUACUACAGCAGACUCAGGCCGAACAGCCCUUCUUCCUGUACUGGGCAGCUGACGCCACUCAUGCCCCUGUCUACGCUUCCAAACGCUUCCUAGGGAAGAGCCAGCGAGGCCGGUAUGGAGAUGCAGUGAUGGAGCUGGACUACAGCGUCGGUCAGAUCUUGUCACGGCUGCGGACUCUGGGCAUCGAAAAUAACACCUUUGUCUUCUUCACUUCAGACAAUGGAGCUGCUCUUAUGUCAGGCCCAGAUGAGAGUGGCAGCAACGGGCCAUUCCUCUGCGGGAAGGAGACCACCUAUGAAGGGGGCAUGAGGGAGCCAGCCAUUGCCUGGUGGCCUGGUCACAUCAAAGAAGGCACGGUGAGUUUCCAACUGGCCAAUGUGAUGGACCUGUACACCACCAGUCUGGCUCUGGCCAGCAUCAGCCCUCCUGAUGACCGAACCCUGGAUGGACUGGACCUGACGCCAGUCCUGCUAAACCACUCACAGACACUGCAAAGCAGGCCAAUCUUCUAUUACCGUGGGAAUGAGCUGAUGGCUGUGAGGCUUGGACAAUACAAGGCACACUACUGGACCUGGAGCAACUCAUGGAAGGAGUUAAAAGAAGGUAUCAACUUCUGUCCAGGUCAAGAGGUCCCAGGGGUGACUACACACGAGCAGACGGAGCACACACUGCAGCCACUCAUUUUCCACCUGGGGCGGGAUCCUGGGGAAAAGGUCCCUAUCAGUGUUUUGACAAAGGAGUACCAAGAUGUUCUGAGCAGGAUCUCUCCAGUUGUGGAGCUGCAUAAGAAGACUCUGGUUCCCGGCAUCCCCCAGCUCAACAUGUGUGAUUUAGCUGUGAUGAACUGGGCCCCUGCAGGCUGCGAGAAGUUAGGAAAGUGUCUCAAAGUGCCAAAAUCUAUGCCCUGGAAGUGUGACUGGCCACACUAAGAGCAAAACCGCUGAGCCAGACACGAAGAUGAGGAAGUAAAACCUGAAGAUGUGCCUUUCUACAGAUCAACAAACAACCUUAUUAUUUAAAGAAAAAUGUUUUUAAUUAUUUGUAAAAUAAUUAUGCACAAUGCUGAAGAGAUGGACGUGGAGUACAACCAAGGGAAUUUCAGUAUGUUGUAUCACAACAUUACACUGAUUAUGCAAUAUUUUUUUUAUUUUAAUGCAUUUUAAACUGUGAUUUUGAUGAGCUGUUUUCUGGAAACACACACUCCGUGGUUGGUUGGUUGGUUGGUGGUUUAAGUCAUUACUCAUUUAAGUGAUGUUGAGCAAUUAGUGAAAUGCUUAUUUUUGGUCAGAUCUAAUGUUAUAGAUUAUAUAGAUUGAUUUUUUUUGGAUUCAUUCUGGUUAAGUGGAUAAAUUCUGUAUAUUUUCUACAUAUACUUAAUGUUGUAAUUACACUGCAAGAAAUGUGUUUUAUAAUAAAAGGGAUUUUUAUUA